UCGGCAAUCGACAUAGCCAAAUUAAGGAAGAUAUUUGCUGUAAUUCAUGAUUAUUUAUCUUUGACAUGUAUAAGAAAGAUUCAAGAACUCGAAAGAUUCUCUCUUUUCUUCAAUGGCGUCGUCUCUUUCAUCACUCUUACUCUCCAAUCCUCGUCCUUUCCGUUCCAUAAACACCAACCCUACUCGUAACCCAAAUAUCUGUCUCCCUAUUCGAAACCCACUUCUCAAUUUCUCCGCAAAUUCUUCCAACAAGGAGAAUCCCGCUUUCACCUCUCUUCCACCGCCGCCACUGCCGCCGCCUCCAGAGAAGAAAUCGUUCGCCGUUGUGACAGGAGAACUUUUCAUCGGCUUCGCGUCGCGGAUUAUUCGUGGCCGAAAGCGAUUGCCCGACAGCGACAGCGACAAUUCCAAGUCUUUGACCGCGGAUGAGUCGAAACAGUCGUAUUUCUGGAGACGUAGGAAAGAAGGGAUUGCUGCCGUCGUAGAGGACCCGGUUGAACCGGAGGUUGUUUGGGAACAAAGUUUGAGAGAUGUAGAAGCUGAAAGAGGAAGAAAGGCAGUGACUAGCCCUGGUUUUAGCUUUUCUGCUGCCGGUCUUUUAUUUCCUUAUCAUCUUGGUGCUGCUCAGUAUUUGAUUGAAAAGGGUUACAUUAAGGAAACAACACCUUUGGCCGGUGCAUCUGCUGGAGCCAUUGUUUGUGCUGUAAUUGCUUCUGGAGCUAGUAUGCAUGAAGCUUUAGAAGCUACCAAAAUAUUGGCUGAAGAUUGCAGGCAAAAAGGAACUGCUUUUCGUCUAGGGGCUGUUUUAAGGGAUAUUCUAGACAAAUUUCUACCCGAUGAUGUUCACAUAAGAUCAAAUGGGCGUGUUCGUGUUGCAAUAACACAGAUCCUGUGGAGGCCUAGAGGCCUAUUGAUUGAUCAGUUUGAUUCAAAGGAAGAUAUGAUCAAUGCAGUCUUUACAUCUUCUUUCAUUCCAGGAUAUCUAGCACCACGCCCAGCAACAAUGUUCCGAAACCGGUUAUGUGUAGAUGGAGGCCUAACAUUGUUCAUGCCACCUACAUCGGCUGCACAGACAGUACACAAUUUUAUGUUCAUUGUUUCCAAACAUUAUAAACAAAAGUUUUUUUUUCACGAUCUUUGUCACCUUUUUAUUCUAUAUCAGGUUCGUGUAUGCGCUUUUCCAGCCAGUAGGUUGGGAUUGAAAGGUAUCGGGAUUAGUCCUGACUGCAACCCUCAAACCUGUGCCAGUCCCCGAGAGCUCUUCAAUUGGGCAAUUGAACCAGCCAAAGAUGAGAUUUUGGACAAGCUAUUCCAAUUUGGGUACGACGAUGCAGCUGUUUGGGGCAAGCAAAACCCAGUGGAGGAAAUUUUACAAGACGAAUACAGGGACAAUAAUGUAAAAGACCACAGUCCCUAAAUUUGGGAGGGAUUGGGUGAUUUUUUUUAGGAAAAGAUGUACAUUGGAUGUUCAGGGUAUUUGGGUCAACUUGUAUUAUAAUGUAAUUAGUAUAGAGAGCAAUAUUAUGUAAUAGUGAUCUUAAUGCACCAAUGAUAUAGGAAGCAAAAUUAAUUGAAUAUUUGUUGACAAAUUUAUAUUGGAAUUUCUAGCAAUAAGAUUUUGUUCCAUGUUGAACAAUAAUGGGUUUAUUUGAAAACUAUCAUUUUCU